AUGGGCAAACAGAAACGACGACAAGUGGUGCCCGUUGUAGAUGAAACAAGCUCAUCGGCAACCACAUCAUCGAACGUACCAACUAGCACCAUCUCAACGCAAGACCAACACCCCAGUAUGACCACUUAUCCUCUCGCAUAUUAUUUUGAUCAUCACCGUAACAACCACAACAACAAUAUUAAUGUUUAUUAUAAUACGAACCACUCAAAUGGAGGAAAUCUUAAUACAACAGCAACAACAACAGCAGCCUCAUCUUCCUCCCCACAACGAACCUCACAUCCGAUUUUAACGAACAAUGACCGUGGUCGAUCGUCAUCCAUGGAUCAUCCAAUUUCAAUAACGGUGGGUUCUAGAGAUGAAGCCUCUGUUGCUCAACAGCAGAAAACUAUGAAUGAUCGUGAGGGCAUGGCGGUAGUUCCUCAAACCAACAUCAAUCAAACCAACGUCAACGUAAACUUGUAUGUUCAACCGACCAUUGCUGCUUUGCCUCAUAUCCCUACCGAGGAGAAGAACUUGGAAGAGCUCAAACAAAGAAACAGAGAAAUGUACGGAAACCAAUAUCAAUUAUGGAGAGCUUACAAGGAAAAGAAUUCGCGGCCAACCACAUCAACAUAUGAUUUGAAAAAUCAUUCUCUCACAAGAAAGCUCACCUCAAAAUUACAUAGCAACCAGCCUCCUCCACCAUCGAUUCAUGAUUGGUCACAACAGGGGUACAAGUUGCAAAUUACGGCGAAGGGACAUCCUUUUCUUGUGAAGGAUACAUAUGAUAAAUCCAAACAGCAGGUUAAAGAAAAGAAGAUUCGAGUUUGGGCCAGGUGGUCUGCUAUGGAAGACGCUUAUGGACUUGGAGUGAAAUUGUAUUUUGACUUUGCUAGAAUUAUGAUUGUGUUGAACGCCUUAUUGUUUUUCAUUCAAUUUCUCAACAUUGCAGCACACAUUGCUGUUGACCUUCAAGAUAUUAGGAACAGUUUAGCAUUGGAUUUGUCAAUAUUUGAUCAAUUAUAUUCAUCGUCGUACAGCAAGAAUUUGUACUGGGUUUGGAUUUCAACAAACGCUCUCUGCAUAUUUAUUAGCUUAGCCAUUGGUCCCAUAUAUUGGUGGAUUGUACAUACAUAUUAUGAAAAACGAGAUUUGUAUGAUUGUGAGGAGAAUAUUUUGGAUGAAGAGUCAAACAAGAUUAAGGAAAAUCAAAAAACCAAACUCAUUGAUCACAUUGCCCGUAUGAUUUUGAGUUAUUUCGUAUUCUUCAUUUUUAUGAUGGUCGCAUUUGUGGUCACCAUGGGUUUUACAAUUUUACAGAACGUAAAUGCCAUGUACCAAUUGGCAGAUUCUACAUUUUCAGAAAACACAAACAUUCUGACAGCCAUAUCCAUAGCAAUUUCGGUGGUAAUUAGCGUCAUGUCCUUUAUUUGGAAGAAGAUUUGUGUAUACUUGACUAACUUUGAGAGACACAAAACUUGGUCAGCAUACAGAAAACACAAUACCUUCAAGUUUCUAUUUUUCAAACUGUUCAGCGUGUUUGUUAUGGGCUUCACCAAAGGUUUUUUCGCAACACCCUGUGUCAUUAAGAUUAUGGGUAACCAAUACAUGAUUCAAAUGGUCACUGACUUUUGCUUGUCAGUAUCUGUCGAAUUUUUACUUCCAUGGAUUAUUUACAAGGUGAAAGGAUCACUGACAAAAAAUAAGGAAACAAUCAUUCACAAGCCUGAGUUCGACGUUUCAGAAGAGUAUCUCGAGCUCAUUUAUCGCCAAUACAUCAUUUACAAUGGAUUUGUGAGCUUCCCUCUCAUUACGUUGAUUGGAUUUGUGGCAAGUCUAUUUGAGUUGUAUAUGGACAAGUUCCGACUCAUCAAGCUUUCGAGUAAGCCUCCCUUAACAACAGGCUCUGUGAAAAGCGUGGUUGCAGGUUUCUUGAUUUUGGCCUCCGUUCUGGCGAUUAUUAAUUGGGGAGGUGGAAAUUUGUACAUUUUGUCAGGAUUCUACUGGUGUAAUACUCCCUCUGAUAUUGAGUGUGCUCCAUGCGUAUUGACAAGCACAGGUAAAAUACCGAAUCUGAUCAAACUCAUGUUUGAGAGUUACUAA